AUGAGGAUGAUUUGCGAGAAGAGGAGCCUGAGCUCGAUCGAGCUGAUCGAGCUGAGGAUCGAGCUGAGUCGAGCUGAAGAUGGCCAGGAGAGUGCGGAUUUGGGGAAAGCCAUUGAGAAGAUGCAAAAGUCCAUGGACAAGAUGGUGAGCAAGAUCAAGAGUUUGGAGAAGAAGGUUUCUGGUUCUUCAAGCAAGAAGAAGAAGUCCAAGGCCCCCACAUUCCCUAGGAGUAGUCACUCCUCACCACCAAGGAGGCUCCCUGCCCAAGAGCCUCACAGAGCCUCUUCUUUCGAGCCAAGGGAAGGAGAAGACAACACGCAGAGAAGGAGGAAGACUUCCAAGGCCAGACGCUCCAGCUCGACCACCGGACUCGAUCGAGUCCAAACAGAGGAAACUCAACUCGAUCGAGCUGAGGGUCGAGUUGACCUGGAGGAGCCCCAGUUGAGGAUCCGGGAUUGA